AUGCUCCACCCGGGUGGGUGUGAACGUCUUACUGUUUUUACAGCUGCACAUGCAAUCGUGCAACACUCGUUACAUCUGCAUUCUCUUGCUGCCACAACUGAUGGCGACAACAGAUUCCUCCUUCUUCUCUCUACCCCCGUUUUUUGUUUCUUUUUCUUUUUCUUCAAAUGUUUCAAAACUGAUCCUCACCGGGGAUUGAAUAUCUUCGUUUCUUUAUUUUAUUUUCUCUUUUUCUUCUUUUUCUCUCUUUUCUCUUUGUUUUCUUUCUUUUGUCUCUUCUCUUUUUCGUUCAAUUUCUCUUCUCAUUCUCUUUUCUCUUUUUUGCUCUCUCUCAAAACCCUUUCUUUGUUUCUUUGUCUCUUUCUUUUCCUUCUUUUUUCUUCUCAUAACAUUUUGCAAAUUCUUUUUUUUAUUCUUCUCUAUCUUUAUAUUUCUAUCUCUCUCUCUUUUAUUCUCUUUGUUUUUUUUGUCUCUUCCUUUUUCCUUCUUUUUUCUUCUCAUUUUUUUGAGGUUUUUUUAUUAGCUUCUCUCUCUCUCUUUCUAUCUCUCUCUCUCUCUCAUUUCCCUUCUCUUUGUUUCUUUGUCUCUUCUCUUUUUCCUUCUUUUUCUCUUCUCAUUCUCUUUUUCUCCUCUCUCUUUUUUGUUAGCUUCUCUCUCUCUCUCUCUCUCAUUUUCUUUCCUCCUUUCCUUUUUCGUUCUCCCUUUGUAUCAUAUUCUUCUCCUCUACUUAAUAUCGCCUCUUUUUUCGUCACUCUUUUUUUCUUUUCUAUUUUUCUUCUCCUUUUCCUUCACUAUUUCUUUUUUUCCCUCUCUUUUGCUCUGUUUCUUUCUGUUUUUCUUCUAUUCUUUUCUCUUAUUUUUCUUGUCUUUCCUUCUCCCAAUUUUUUUCAUUUCCUUCUCUCUGAUUUCCUCCUUCUGUCUUCCUCUUGUUUUCCUCUCCCUUUUCAUUCUCCUUUCCUCUCCCUUUUUCCUUCUGACAUCAUCCUUCUCUUCGUCGCUUUUCACACACUGUUUUCUUUUUACUUUCGUUUUCUAUUUUCCUUUUUCUUCUUCCUGAUUUAA